UUGAAACCACUUCCUCCCCUUCUCCCAAUCGGCCAUGUUUAAUUUGACUCAUUCAUGAAAAGUUAUGUAAACACAACAGUAACGCAAUGAUCGCGAAGGCGACAUAGUUAACGAUGCUAGAUUAAGUGAUCUGCGUUGUGAUCUUCCGUCUAAAUGAACCGCGUUGUUUGUACAGAGCGAUCAUUUGUUCGAGCAUUAAUCAACAGCUGAGGAAAUAAACGAAUAGCGCGUGAACUGCGGGCAACGGCAGGAAACCAUGAGGAAAAAACAGAAUGUAAAAAACAGGAAAGCAGAAGAGACGACAGUUGUUCAGGAGUUUGCAGUGGAAAAAAUAAUUCGCAGAAGAGUCAACAACGGAAAGGUUGAAUAUUAUCUGAAGUGGAAAGGAUUUACAGAUGCAGAGAAUACCUGGGAGCCAGAGGAUAACCUGGAUUGUCCUGAGCUGAUAGAAGAGUAUCUCAGAAACCUAACUGUAUUGGGACAGGAAACGGAACAAGAGGAGUGUCAAUCUCUAGAUCACGAAGUUCAGCCUAAGGAAGAGUUAUCAGAGUUGGCUGCUGAUAUGGCUCACCAGCAGCCUCAGGAGGAGCUCAUUGAAAGGACUAAUGAGGAGGUUGAAGAACACAACGCUGAGAUCCCAGUAGGCCAACCCGGCCACCCUGAGCCAGACUGCAUCAUCGGCUGCACAGACCAGCAAGGAGAGCUCAUGUUUCUUAUCAAGUGGAAAAACACGGAUGAGGUAGCUUUACUAGCAGCCGUGGAGGCCAGUAAAAGGUGGCCCCAGAUGGUAAUCCGCUUUUACGAGGACAAGCUGACCUGGCAUGGAGACGACGAGCAGUGAAAGAGAAAAUAUGUAGCAGUGGAUACUACUGUACCUCCUGGCAGCUUUAAACACACAAACACUGUGGCUUAAGUUUACUGUCCGUUUACUGUACCGUGUAAUAAAGUGUGCAAAGCCACACUCUAAUGUGAAGCUCUUCCUAACACACUUACCUGUAGAAAUGUGACUGGAGUAUUAGAACCUACUGUAGUGUUCUGUUUGUACAAAUCCACACAAGUGGUUUAUUAAUCAGUCCAAUGUUGUCGUAUUUCUUGGUCUGUUGUUUGAGAACUCGUUUAUGAUGUCCAUCAUUCUGUCCUCCAUUGUUAUGAUCUGAACUGUGAUUUAACAUAGGAAGUGAUGACAGAUGGUACAGUACCUGUUAGAGAGGAACUGUUUGACUAGUACUAUCUGUGCUGUAAACUCACUGUUAAGCACUUAUGGCCUAUUCACACCAAGAACGACUAUAAGAAUAACAGUUCAUAUAGAGAUUGUUUUUAAUUGUUUAUCUUUAGUUCACACCAAAAAUAUGACACGUUAAGUUUUUGAAAUCACUUUUAAAAUGGUAGUUAAACAAAAAACAGACAAGUACAGCUGCUUUAAAGCAAUACUACAAGUUUUUUGAAAAUAGACUAAUUUUACAAUUCCCUUAAAGUAAACUGUUGGAAGCACUUUUAGUUUAGCUUAGCAUAGAUCACUGAAAUGGAUCAGACCAUUAGCUUAUUUCUUAAAAAGAGUUUUGAAUUUUUUCUAUUUAAAGCUUAACUCUUCUUGCCGAAGAACCAACGAAAAAUGAAAUGUUGCUAUUUUGCUAAAAUCUAAAAACAUUUGAGUGAGCUGCCUAAUCUGACUCUAUGAUCUAAGCUAAGCAAUGCUAAAAAUGCUCUUAUUAGACCCGGAGAUUAGGAGAGCCAUGUAAUAAUAUAACUUAGCAGUCAGAUUCUGCAAACAAAAGAUGUUUUUUGUUUUUUAAUAAUAACUUAACAGAUUAUGUUUUUGGAAUAGUUUUUAAAACUGUAUUGUAACAAUAAACAGCUAAGCAUCUGCUUUAAAGGAACACUUCAAGUUUUUUGAAAAUAGCCUCAUGGAAGCACUUUUAGCUUAGCUUAGCUUAGCAUAGAUCAUUAAAAUAGAUUACACCGUUUAGCUUUUUUUGUAAUAACAGACGGAUACUCAUAACACUGUGCAGAAAAUGUCACAAAUCAAAGAUUUGAUGUUAAAUCUUUAGCCCUGCUCACUCAUAAAGCACUGUGGAUUACAUUUUUGUGAGUUUCUCUCUGAAUAUAUUUAAAACCAAAAAUUUAAAUGUCCUUGUCCUUUGCAUUUCUUCAGUUGAGCCAUUUGCAAUACUUCAUGGUAUUGUGACUUUUCUUUUUUGAAUCCACACUUUCCAAUUUUCAUGGAAAUUUUUUGCUUCAAAUCAAAGUUUUAAAUAUUGUAAUUCACCUCAUAUCUGGUUGGUGCGUUUCGUGUCUUCUAAUGCUUUAAAGCCUUUUAACAAAUCCUUAUGGGCAAAAUAUUUCCUGAACCAGCAUUUAUGUGCAUCAUUAUAGUUUUGUUCUUGGUGUAAACAGGCCAUUUUAAAAGUUAUACUGUGAUAAAUCCUUUGAUCUGUGAGCGAGUAUUGUGACUCAUAAAUCGGUAGAUUUGCACAAAACUAAUUCUAGAAUGUAGCCUGUACAAUCACACUUUAUUUGUGACAUUUUUAUUUUUGGUCAGUUUCACUUUCAUAACAGCAGUAUGAUUAGGCCAUUUACUGUAGGCUGAGGUUUUGCUGAAGUCCUUUGUCUUGCUGUUUCACUUUUCUAAGUUCCUUUUUUCUGUAAAGAUCACUGUAACAUUAAAUCUCUAGGUGCUUUAAAUAAACAUAGACUUACCUCA